GGUAGGCUAGUUGAGAACACAUUUACUUAACCAGGUAGGCUAGUUGAGAACACAUUUAUUUAACCAGGUAGGCUAGUUGAGAACACCUUUAUUUAACCAGGUAGGCUAGUUGAGAACACAUUUAUUUAACCAGGUAGGCUAGUUGAGAACACAUUUAUUUAACCAGGUAGGCUAGUUGAGAACACAUUUACUUAACCAGGUAGGCCAGUUGAGAACACCUUUAUUUAACCAGGUAGGCUAGUUGAGAACACCUUUAUUUAACCAGGUAGGCCAGUUGAGAACACCUUUAUUUAACCAGGUAGGCUAGUUGAGAACACAUUUACUUAACCAGGUAGGCUAGUUGAGAACACAUUUAUUUAACCAGGUAGGCUAGUUGAGAACACCUUUAUUUAACCAGGUAGGCUAGUUGAGAACACCUUUAUUUAACCAGGUAGGCUAGUUGAGAACACCUUUAUUUAACCAGGUAGGCCAGUUGAGAACACCUUUAUUUACUUAACCAGGUAGGCCAGUUGAGAACACCUUUAUUUAACCAGGUAGGCUAGUUGAGAACACCUUUAUUUAACCAGGUAGGCCAGUUGAGAACACCUUUAUUUAACCAGGUAGGCUAGUUGAGAACACAUUUAUUUAACCAGGUAGGCCAGUUGAGAACACCUUUAUUUAACCAGGUAGGCUAGUUGAGAACACCUUUAUUUAACCAGGUAGGCUAGUUGAGAACACCUUUAUUUAAACAGGUAGGCCAGUUGAGAACACCUUUAUUUAACCAGGUAGGCUAGUUGAGAACACAUUUAUUUAACCAGGUAGGCCAGUUGAGAACACCUUUAUUUAACCAGGUAGGCUAGUUGAGAACACCUUUAUUUAACCAGGUAGGCUAGUUGAGAACACCUUUAUUUAACCAGGUAGACUAGUUGAGAACACAUUUAUUUAACCAGGUAGGCCAGUUGAGAACACCUUUAUUUAACCAGGUAGGCUAGUUGAGAACACCUUUAUUUAAACAGGUAGGCUAGUUGAGAACACCUUUAUUUAAACAGGUAGGCCAGUUGAGAACACCUUUAUUUAACCAGGUAGGCUAGUUGAGAACACAUUUAUUUAACCAGGUAGGCUAGUUGAGAACACCUUUAUUUAACCAGGUAGGCUAGUUGAGAACACCUUUAUUUAACCAGGUAGGCUAGUUGAGAACACCUUUAUUUAACCAGGUAGGCUAGUUGAGAACACCUUUAUUUAACCAGGUAGGCUAGUUGAGAACACAUUUAUUUAACCAGGUAGGCCAGUUGAGAACACAUUUAUUUAACCAGGUAGGCCAGUUGAGAACACCUUUAUUUAACCAGGUAGGCUAGUUGAGAACACCUUUAUUUAACCAGGUAGGCUAGUUGAGAACACCUUUAUUUAACCAGGUAGACUAGUUGAGAACACCUUUAUUUAAACAGGUAGGCCAGUUGAGAACACCUUUAUUUAACCAGGUAGGCUAGUUGAGAACACAUUUAUUUAACCAGGUAGGCCAGUUGUGAACACAUUUAUUUAACCAGGUAGGCCAGUUGAGAACACCUUUAUUUAACCAGGUAGGCUAGUUGAGAACACCUUUAUUUAACCAGGUAGGCUAGUUGAGAACACCUUUAUUUAACCAGGUAGGCCAGUUGAGAACACCUUUAUUUAACCAGGUAGGCUAGUUGAGAACACAUUUAUUUAACCAGGUAGGCCAGUUGAGAACACCUUUAUUUAACCAGGUAGGCCAGUUGAGAACACCUUUAUUUAACCAGGUAGGCUAGUUGAGAACACCUUUAUUUAACCAGGUAGGCUAGUUGAGAACACCUUUAUUUAACCAGGUAUGACGGAUCACCACCUCAAGCUGAACCUCGGCAAGACGGAGCUGCUCUUCCUCCCGGGGAAGGACUUUCCGUUCCAUGAUCUCGCCAUCACGGUUGACAACUCCAUUGUGUCCUCCUCCCAGAGCGCUAAGAACCUUGGCGUGAUCCUGGACAACACCCUGUCGUUCUCAACUAACAUCAAGGCGGUGGCCCGUUCCUGUAGGUUCAUGCUCUACAACAUCCGCAGAGUACGACCCUGCCUCACACAGGAAGCGGCGCAGGUCCUAAUCCAGGCACUUGUCAUCUCCCGUCUGGAUUACUGCAACUCGCUGUUGGCUGGGCUCCCUGCCUGUGCCAUUAAACCCUUACAACUCAUCCAGAACGCCGCAGCCCGUCUGGUGUUCAACCUUCCCAAGUUCUCUCACGUCACCCCGCUCCUCCGCUCUCUCCACUGGCUUCCAGUUGAAGCUCGCAUCCGCUACAAGACCAUGGUGCUUGCCUACGGAGCUGUGAGGGGAACGGCACCUCAGUACCUCCAGGCUCUGAUCAGGCCCUACACCCAAACAAGGGCACUGCGUUCAUCCACCUCUGGCCUGCUCGCCUCCCUACCACUGAGGAAGUACAGUUCCCGCUCAGCCCAGUCAAAACUGUUAGCUGCUCUGGUUCCCCAAUGGUGGAACACACUCCCUCACGACGCCAGGACAGCGGAGUCAAUCACCACCUUCCGGAGACACCUGAAAUCCCGCCUCUUUAAGGAAUACCUAGGAUAGGAUAAAGUAAUCCUUCUCACCCCCCCCCCCCUUAAAAGAUUUAGAUGCACUAUUGUAAAGUGGCUGUUCCACUGGAUGUCAUAAGGUGAAUGCACCAAUUUGUAAGUCGCUCUGGAUAAGAGCGUCUGCUAAAUGACUUAAAUGUAAAUGUAGGUAGGCUAGUUGAGAACAAGUUCUCCUUUGCAACUACGACCUGGCCAAGAUAAAGCAAAGCAGUGUGACACAGACAACAACACAGAGUUACACAUGGAGUAAACAAACAAGCCAAUAACACAAACAAGUCAAUUGCACAGUAGAGAAAUCUUAUACAGUGUGUGCAAAAGGCAUGAGGAGGUAGGCAAUAAAUAGGCCAUAGGAGGGAAUAAUUACAAUUUAACAGAUUAACACUGGAGUGAUAAAUGAGCAGAUGAUGAUGUGCAAGUAGAGAUAAUUGUGUGCAAAAGAACAGAAAAGUAAAUAAAAUAAAAACAGUAUUGGGAUGAGGUAGGUAGAUUGGGUGGGCUUUUUACAGAUGGACUAUGUACAGCUGCAGUGAUCGGUUAGCUGCUCAGAUAGUUGAUGUUUAAAGUUGGUGAGAGAAAUAAAAGUCUCCAACUUCAGCGAUUUUUGCAAUUCGUUCCAGUCACUGGCAGCAGAGAACUGGAAGGAAAGGCGGCCAAAAGAGGUUUUGGCUUUGGGGGUGACCAGUGAGAUAUACCUGCUGGAACGUGUGCUACGGGUGUGUGUUGCCAUCGUGACCAGUGAACUGAGAUAAGGUGGAGCUUUACCUAGCAUAGACUUAUAGAUGACCUGGAGCCAGUGGGUCUGGCGACGAAAAUGUAGCGAGGGCCAGCCGACGAGAGCAUACAGGUCGCAGUGGUGGGUGGUAUAAGGUGAUUUGGUAACAAAACGGAUGGCACUGUGAUAGACUGCAUCCAGUUUGCUGAGUAGAGUGUUGGAAGCUAUUUUCUAGAUGACAUCGCCGAAGUCGAGGAUCGGUAUGAUAAGUCAGUUUUACUCGGGUAAGUUUGGCGGCAUGAGUGAAGGGGGCUUUGUUGUGAAAUAGUAAGCCGAUUCUAGAUUUGAUUUUGGGUUGGAGAUGUUUAAUAUGAGUGUGGAAGGAGAGUUUACAGUCUAGCCAGACACCUAGGUAUUUAUAGUUGUCCACAUAUUCUAGGUCGGAACCGUCCAGGGUGGUGAUGCUACUCGGGCGG